GCGGACCUGGGAGCACCUAUGGAGGACAGUGAUUUGGAGGGAAGUAACGGGGGGGAAAGAUUUUGGUCAAGAGGAUGAGGAAAGUGGAGGGGAGGACUUGGAGGGGACGACUUGGAUAAGGAUGAAAGAUGAAGUGAAUAGGGGCGUCGAGGAUUCUGAGGACGGUGAAGAUGAAGAAGACGUCGAGGGGCGGGGAGAGGCCGUGUGUGGUUUCGGAGGUUUCGAGUUGGUGGGGGAUUCCGAUUGCUCAGUUCUUUGCCGCAAUUUCAUAAUCGACAUCUGGCAAUACUUUCUCCACCGUUUCAUGCACGCCGACAUUAAGCAAUUCCAUUCAUGGCGCCACCGCCUUUACGUACCCUACGCCUUUGGGUCGUUAUACAACUACCAAUUGGAGGGAUUUCUCUUAGACACCCUUGGUGCUGUCAUUGCGGAAUGGGCUAUGGGCCUGAGCACGCGACAGGCGAUGCCCCUGUUUAGCGUGUCGAGUUUGAAGACUGUGGAUGAUCAGUACGGAUACAAUUUCCGUGGGACCCGUUACAGAUGUUUACGGUGAAUAAUGCGGAUUAUCAUGAUAUCCACCAUCAGGUAAUUGGAAUCAAGUCGAAUUUUUCACAGCCAUUUUUCGUGCGUUGGGAUGCGUUGCUGGGGACGCGGAUGACGCGGCGCCGGCAGGAUAUCGAUAGCCCGUCUUCCGGUGAUGUGCAGCUGCCCAUCCCGAGUGGUGGGACUGGCUUGGUUUGGCACGCAUCCAGAGUGCGUUGAGCAAGGAGAUGGAGGAAGAACAGAAGGAGCAGAAGAAGGUCCACCAAAAGAGUUUAUCAGGGAGAGGAAGCGGAGGCCAAGAGACCAAGUCUCAAAUUUCGACUCAUGGAUUUCCAGCUCACAGACUCGGUCACACUAUCAAUGGUUGCUGCUUGCAACUCACAACCUUUCUAAGCACAUCUUUGAAUAUAUCCUC